AAGAAGAAGCUCGUUCUCUUUUCCUCAGCUUUCAUUUUCCGUUUUCUAUCAAAAUCAACAAGCCUUGCGAUUCGGGUUGUUCUUGAUAACGAAUUUGGGGAUCAAAUCUGCUUCGAUUGAAACCUAAUCUAUAAAUUUGCCUCUGUAUUCGACUUGAAUCAUCGUGUCGACCUCGUCUCUAAGGCUCUCGCCAGCAUCCAAGUGUGAUCAGCAGAGCAUUUACUGCCAUUGAAGAGCGAGGGAGGGGAUGAUUCUGCUUGUUUCUCAUUCAGUUAGAGUAAGUUGCAGUCAACUAUGACUUUGCACCGAAGCUUUUUGAUCGUCAUAAUCGCAAUUUUCUCGGCUUCUUUAACUAUCGCCGGGGAGUUAACGUCCUGCGAAACUGGAAAUUCGGCUGAAUUUGUACGACAUCCGUUUGGAUUCUCAAACUCGAGCCCAAUCAAAUUGAAUUGCAGCAAAAAUGGGGAGGUUCAAAUCGGAAGAUUCCAGGUCCAGAACAUUACUGAAAGGAGCAUCCUCAUCAAACUUCCUGAAGUGUGCAAUAUCUCUAUCAAUUCAAUGUCAGAACUGUUCGGCCAAAACUACAAGCCCACUCUCCGCAAUAGUCUCCUCUUGAAUUGUACUGAACAACCUAUUUCAUGCGGAGUAAUGGCCAAUUUCAGCCAGAAUCAGAUGAAGAACUGCGGCUUUAAGAGUAAUAAUUUCACCUGCUUCACUAAGACCGAGCGAAAGGGAUUUCUGCCUUCUUUAAAUAAGUGCCAGUCCCUUUUGUCCUCUGUGUUCGUUAAUUUUACGUCACAAUCGACCUCUUCGUUCGAGCUCCAGUUUGGGGUCAUUGAGUUAGAGUGGUGGCUCUCGCCCGUGCCUUCUAUGCGAUGCUCGAAAAAUGCCAAUCGCAAGAACAUUACCAGCUUUGCAGACCUCCUAGGAUUUCGUUGCCAGUGCAUAGAAGGGUUUGAAGGCAAUGCUUACGACGACGUCGGCCACGGCUGCCGGAAAGUUUCUCACAAAUGCAAUCUUUCUACAUACAUUUCUGGCCACUGUGGCAGAAGCAAAGUCGCUGCUCUAAUUGGAGGUGUCAUUGUUGGGGCCUUUAUAAUGGCCGUCCUGAUCCUUAUCUGUUACUGCAUCCGACGCCGCUCAUUGUGUUUGAAAGGUCACAUGAGUGCAAAGCGGCUUCUAAGUGAGGCUGCUGGAAAUUCGAGUGUUACUUUAUAUCCCUACAAAGAAAUAGAAAGAGCCACUAGUGGGUUCUCUGAGAAACAAAGGCUGGGAACUGGAGCCUUUGGUACAGUCUAUGCAGGAAGGCUUCAUGAGGAUGAGUGGGUUGCUGUAAAAAGGAUCAAAUAUAGAGACCACAAUAGCAUUGAUCAGGUCAUGAAUGAGAUAAAACUGCUCUCCUCAGUGAGCCACCCGAAUCUAGUUCGCUUGCUUGGCUGCUGCAUCGAGGAAGGCCAACAGAUCCUUGUUUAUGAGUUUAUGCCUAAUGGAACUCUCUCUCAACAUCUUCAGAGAGAGCGUGGAAAUGGCCUUCCAUGGACGACACGACUCACCAUUGCAGCCGAAACUUCUCGUGCAAUAGCAUACCUUCAUUCUUCUGUGCAUCCACCAAUAUAUCACAGAGACAUCAAAUCAAGCAAUAUACUUCUGGAUCAUAGCUUCAAAUCAAAAGUGGCAGAUUUUGGUCUUUCUAGACUUGGUAUGACAGAAAUAUCACAUGUCUCAACAGCUCCACAAGGGACCCCAGGUUAUGUUGAUCCGCAAUACCAUCAAAAUUUUUAUCUUUCAGAUAAAAGCGACGUAUAUAGUUUUGGAGUAGUCCUAAUAGAGAUAAUAACCGCAUUGAAAGUGGUUGAUUUCACUCGUCCCCCGAGUGAAGUAAACUUAGCCGCACUUGCCAUCGAUAGGAUUGGGAGGGGUUGUGUGGAUGAACUAAUUGAUCCUUUCCUCGAGCCAAAUAGAGAUGCUUGGACCCUCUACUCUGUUCACAAGGUGGUUGAGCUUGCAUUCAGAUGCCUCGCAUUUCACAGCGACAUGAGGCCUUCGAUGACAGAAGUAGCAGAGGAACUGGAAAGCAUCAGACGCAGCGGGUGGACAUCAAUGGAGGAGAAUUUUUGUGCAGCAUCAUCAACAGGAUCGGCUUGCUCAUCUCCUCGAAGCGUAAGCGAGAGAUCCAUCAGUAGCAUUACAAUAAAGAAGGCUGGGCUGCUUGCAGGACUGGGGAGCCAGAGAUUGAUAAUCCCACCGGAGAACAACCAUCAGAAGGACUAUCUGCCUUCUGUAGAGGAAGUUAUGGACAGUUCCCCAGUUUCCAUACAGGAUCCUUGGUUAAGUGAACAAAGCUCACCUUCAACAAAUAGUUUAUUGGGCAAUGUGGCUCGGUGAAAAGAGAAGAAAAAGAAGAAGAGGAAGCUCUUUUGUAGGACAUUUAACCUUUUUUUUACAUUUCACCACACCAUUAUUUGUGUAAUCCUAUGGCAAAUCUUACAUUGUCUCAUUGUUCUUAACCCCUCCCCAUUUAUGCAUAAGAAUUGUAGAUGCCAUUUUCCAGGAAAUGCGAAGUAUUAUUUGCUCA